CUGAGCUCUCAUCAUGGCGGCGGCGGCCGCAGCGGCAGUCGGGGGCCAGCAGGCGUCCCAGCAGGAACUCCCCGCGUCGGGACUGGCCCUAGACAAGGCAGCCACUGCCGCUCACCUGAAGGCGGCCCUCAGCCGGCCAGACAACCGGGCAGGUGCUGAGGAGCUGCGGGCGCUGCUGGAGCGGGUGCUGAGCGCCGAGCGGCCGCUGGCCGCUGCUGCUGGCGGCGAGGAGGCGGCGGCCGGCGGCGGGGGCGGUCCGGGGGCGGCCGAGGAGGAGGCCCUGGAGUGGUGUAAGUGCCUUUUGGCCGGCGGCGGCGGCUAUGACGAGUUCUGCGCUGCGGUGCGGGCCUACGACCCCGCGGCGCUCUGCGGCCUGGUAUGGACAGCCAACUUCGUGGCCUACCGCUGCCGGACGUGCGGCAUCUCCCCCUGCAUGUCCCUGUGCGCCGAGUGCUUCCACCAAGGCGACCACACCGGGCACGACUUCAAUAUGUUCCGCAGCCAGGCUGGGGGUGCCUGUGACUGUGGGGACAGCAAUGUGAUGCGGGAGAGUGGGUUUUGCAAAAGGCAUCAAAUUAAAUCAAGUUCAAAUAUUCCCUGUGUCCCCAAAGACUUAUUGAUGAUGUCUGAAUUUGUUCUUCCAAGAUUUAUUUUUUGUCUUAUUCAGUACUUAAGAGAAGGCUAUAAUGAACCAGCAGCUGAUAUACCAUCAGAAAAAGACCUUAACAAAGUUCUUCAGCUUUUGGAACCUCAAAUUUCAUUUUUAGAAGACUUAACUAAAAUGGGAGGAGCAAUGAGGUCUGUUCUUACUCAGGUUUUAACAAACCAACAAAACUACAAAGAUCUGACUUCUGGUCAUGGAGAAAAUGCUUGUGCAAAGAAAAGUCAUGAAAAGUACCUCAUAGCUUUGAAGAGCUCUGGACUUACAUAUCCUGAGGAUAAACUUGUAUAUGGUAUGCAGGAGUCAUCUGCUGGUACUAGUACUCUGGCAGUUCAAGGUUUUGCAGGUGCAACAGGAACAUUGGGACAAGUAGAUUCUUCAGAUGAGGAUGAUCAGGAUGGAAGUCAAGGUCUAGGCAAGAGAAAGAGAGUAAAACUAAGCAGUAGCACCAAAGAUCAGUCCAUAAUGGAUGUUUUAAAACAUAAAAGCUUCCUAGAAGAACUGUUGUUUUGGACUAUCAAGUAUGAAUUCCCCCAGAAGAUGGUAACUUUCUUACUCAACAUGCUUCCAGAUCAAGAGUAUAAGGUUGCUUUUACAAAAACUUUUGUUCAGCAUUAUGCUUUCAUAAUGAAAACACUGAAGAAAAGUCAUGAAUCAGACACAAUGUCUAACAGAAUUGUGCAUAUUAGUGUUCAGUUGUUCAGCAAUGAGGAGCUAGCCAGACAGGUAACAGAAGAAUGUCAGCUGCUGGAUAUUAUGGUCACUGUGCUAUUGUACAUGAUGGAAAGUUGCCUUAUUAAAAGUGAGCUACAAGAUGAAGAAAAUAGUUUACAUGUGGUAGUAAACUGUGGAGAAGCGUUACUGAAGAAUAACACUUACUGGCCUCUUGUUAGUGAUUUUAUUAAUAUUCUUUCUCAUCAAAGUGUUGCUAAGAGAUUUUUGGAGGAUCAUGGUUUGUUAGUUACAUGGAUGAACUUUGUAUCUUUCUUUCAAGGUAUGAAUUUAAACAAGCGAGAGCUAAACGAACAUGUGGAAUUUGAGUCUCAAACCUACUAUGCUGCCUUUGCUGCUGAACUUGAGGCCUGUGCACAGCCAAUGUGGGGGCUCUUAUCACAUUGUAAAGUUAGGGAAACUCAAGAAUAUACCCGAAAUGUUGUUAGAUACUGCCUUGAAGCACUUCAAGAUUGGUUUGAUGCUAUUAACUUUGUAGAUGAGCCAGCACCCAACCAAGUCACUUUUCAUCUGCCACUACAUCGUUACUAUGCUAUGUUUUUGAGUAAGGCUGUGAAAUGUCAAGAAUUAGAUUUGGAUUCUGUUUUACCAGAUCAAGAAAUGUUAAUGAAACUAAUGAUUCACCCACUCCAAAUUCAAGCAAGUCUUGCUGAGAUCCACAGCAAUAUGUGGGUAAGAAAUGGUCUGCAAAUCAAAGGACAAGCCAUGACCUAUGUGCAGUCUCAUUUCUGUAAUUCCAUGAUUGAUCCUGACAUUUACCUGUUACAGGUUUGUGCUUCUAGACUUGACCCAGAUUAUUUUAUUUCAUCUGUUUUUGAAAGAUUUAAGGUAGUGGAUUUGUUGACAAUGGCGUCACAACAUCAAAAUACAGUACUUGACGCAGAGCAUGAGAGAUCUAUGUUAGAAGGCGCUCUCACUUUUCUUGUGAUUCUUUUGAGUCUUCGUUUACAUUUAGGAAUGUCUGAUGAUGAGAUUCUCAGGGCAGAGAUGGUCGCUCAGCUGUGUAUGAAUGACAGGACACAUAGCUCAUUGCUGGACCUCAUUCCAGAAAAUCCUAAUCCCAAAAGUGGCAUUAUUCCAGGUAGUUACAGCUUUGAAUCAGUUUUAUCAGCUGUAGCUGAUUUUAAGGCUCCUGUUUUUGAACCUGGAGGUUCUAUGCAACAAGGCAUGUAUACUCCCAAAGCUGAAGUUUGGGAUCAGGAGUUUGACCCCGUCAUGGUCAUUCUUCGAACAGUUUACCGUAGAGAUGUACAGUCUGCAAUGGACAGAUACACUGCAUUGAUUUUGAUGGAUCAUCAAAAUCUGUCAGAACAUGUACUCUGCAUGGUUUUAUAUCUGAUUGAAUUAGGACUUGAAAAUUCUGCUGAAGAGGAAUCAGAUGAGGAGGCAUUAGUGGGUGGACCAGAACGUUGUCAUGAUAGUUGGUUUCCAGGCAGUAACUUGGUGUCGAACAUGCGGCAUUUUAUAAACUAUGUCAGAGUGAGAGUUCCGGACACUGCUCCUGAAGUGAAGAGAGACUCCCCUGCAAGUACCAGCUCUGACAGCUUGGGGUCUUUACAAAAUUCUGGUACAGCUCAAGUUUUCAGCUUAGUGGCAGAGCGCAGAAAGAAAUUUCAGGAGAUCAUCAAUCGCAGUAGCAGUGAAGCAAAUCAGGUGGUUCGUCCCAAAACAUCAAGUAAAUGGUCUUCUUCUGGUUCAGCUCCGCAGUUAACUACAGCCAUUUUGGAAAUUAAAGAAAGCAUAUUGUCUUUGCUAAUUAAACUUCAUCACAAACUCUCAGGGAAACAAAAUUCCUACUAUCCUCCUUGGCUUGAUGACAUAGAAAUUUUAAUCCAACCAGAGAUUCCUAAAUACAGUCAUGGAGAUGGCAUAACUGCCGUAGAAAGAAUUUUACUAAAAGCUGCAUUACAAAGCAGAAUGAACAAACGCAUUAUUGAAGAGAUAUGUAAAAAAGUGACCCCUCCUGUACCACCUAAAAAAAUCACUGCAGCAGAGAAGAAAACACUGGACAAAGAAGAAAGGCGACAAAAGGCUAGAGAGAGGCAGCAGAAAUUGCUCGCAGAGUUUGCUUCACGGCAGAAAAGCUUCAUGGAAACCGCAAUGGAUGUUGAUUCUCCUGAGAAUGAUAUUCCUAUGGAGAUUACCACAGCAGAACCACAAGUUUCUGAGGCAGUGUAUGACUGUGUUAUUUGUGGACAGAGUGGCCCCUCUUCUGAAGACCGACCUACAGGAUUGGUUGUACUGUUACAAGCAUCCUCAGUUUUGGGGCAGUGCCGUGACAGUGUUGAGCCAAAAAAAUUGCCAAUCACUGAAGAGGAGCAGAUUUACCCUUGGGAUACAUGUGCAGCAGUUCAUGAUGUGAGGCUUUCGUUAUUACAGCGUUAUUUUAAGGAUAGUUCAUGUCUCUUAGCAGUUUCAAUUGGCUGGGAAGGAGGUGUUUAUGUACAAACCUGUGGCCACACAUUGCAUAUAGAUUGUCAUAAAUCUUACAUGGAAUCAUUACGGAAUGACCAGGUUCUUCAGGGCUUUUCAGUGGACAAAGGAGAAUUCACAUGUCCCCUCUGUAGGCAAUUUGCUAAUAGUGUUCUUCCUUGUUAUCCUGGAAGCAAUAUUGAAAAUAACCUUUGGCAACGUCCUAGCAACAGAAACAUACAAGAUCUCAUGAAGGAAGUGGAGGAGCUGCAGGGACGACCGGGAGCUUUCCCAUCUGAAACCAACUUAAGUAAAGAAAUGGAAUCUGUAAUGAAAGAUAUAAAAAAUACUACUCAGAAGAAAUACAGAGACUAUAGCAAGACCCCAGGCUCACCAGACAAUGAUUUUCUCUUUAUGUACUCCGUUGCAAGAACCAAUUUGGAACUUGAAUUGAUUCAUCGAGGAGGCAAUUUAUGUUCAGGUGGUGCAAGCACAGCUGGCAAGAGAUCUUGUUUAAAUCAGCUGUUUCAUGUGUUAGCCUUGCACAUGCGGCUUUACAGUAUUGACUCUGAGUAUAAUCCCUGGAGAAAGCUCACCCAGUUAGAAGAGAUGAAUUCACAGCUGGGAAAUGAAGAACAGCAGCCUGAAGUUCCAAUUCUUUAUCAUGAUGUAACAUCUCUCUUGCUCAUCCAGAUCUUAAUGAUGCCACAACCCUUACACAAAGAUCACUUCACCUGCAUUGUGAAGGUACUUUUUACCCUCCUGUACACGCAGGCUCUUGCGGCACUUUCAGUUAAAUGCAGUGAGGAAGAUAGGUCAGCUUGGAAACAUGUGGGAGCUCUCAAAAAGGAUGAAGAAGAAUUUUCAGUUCUCGCCAGCUGCUUAGGACUUCUGCCAACGUUUCACCAAACAGAACAUCCAUUCAUCAGUGCCUCUUGUCUGGAUUGGCCAGUUCCAGCAUUUGAUAUUAUAACUCAGUGGUGUUGUGAGAUAAAGUCAUUUACUGAAAGACAUUCAGAACAAGGAAAGGCCUUGCUAAUCCAAGAGUCAAGAUGGAAAUUACCGCACCUACUACAGUUGCCUGAGAAUUACAACACCAUUUUUCAGUACUACCAUAGAAAAACCUGUAGUGUCUGCACCAAGGUUCCUAAAGAUCCUGCUGUUUGCCUUGUUUGCGGUACUUUUGUAUGCCUAAAAGGACUUUGCUGCAAGCAACAAAGUUACUGUGAAUGCGUAUUGCAUUCUCAGAACUGUGGUGCUGGAACAGGAAUUUUCCUUUUGAUCAAUGCAUCAGUAAUUAUCAUCAUUAGAGGUCACCGCUUCUGCCUUUGGGGUUCUGUAUAUUUGGAUGCUCAUGGAGAGGAAGACCGGGAUCUCAGGCGAGGCAAACCUCUCUACAUUUGUAAGGAAAGAUACAAAGUUCUUGAGCAACAGUGGAUUUCUCAUACUUUUGAUCACAUCAAUAAAAGAUGGGGUCCACAUUACAAUGGGCUGUGAUUCACCACCUCAGCAUUGCAUUAUAUCAUCAUUUUCAUUAAGGAUUUAUUUUGUCAACAAUAAGCUUUAAUUUAAUUUGGGGGAUUAGUGCUUUUACUGAGGGAGAAAAAGAAAAAAAAAAACAUGAUGAAGCCUUUCCAAAAUUAGGUGCUUGGUAAUCACGUUAAUGGUAUAAUAAUUUUUUUUUUAAGUAUAUGAAGAACUUAACAAAUAACAAGUUAAAUUAUUCCUUAGUGGUCAUUUUUUUAAGUGCACAAUAAAUAAGCACAACGUGUUCACAAAAUCAUUCAGAAGUGAUUCUCCCCCAAAUGCAUAUCGGCUAUUCAUUGAUACUUAGAGUGGGUGUGAUUUAUUUGAAGUUUUACUGCCUCUUUCCUGUGUGUUUUAAUUUGCAUCUACUAAGCAUAAUGCAUCUUUUUCCUCUCUCAUUCUCUCAUUCUUGUGUUGAUUUGAGAAUUUUGCUGUAUGUAAUUAGAAAAAAUGUAAAACAUGAUUUUUGUGAAAUAUUGUAUAGUAAAAGUUGGUCUAAUAGUAGAACUGUAAAAUUUUUCUUAUUGUGAAGAAUAUGUUAAAAGUUUAAAGCUUUGCUGAAAACUUAAUUCAUUCUCAGGAAUUUCAUAAAUGUUCUCCCCAGGUAAAUAAUUGAAAUAGCUGUAAAAUAAGUAGAUAGCUGCUGUUAAUAUAGUAGAGUACAUUUGGGGGGGGGACUUAUGUAUUGGUGGGGAGUCCUUAAAAAUAAAAACUUGCCAUUUCAAUUGGAUGAAUUACUAAAGUGGUAAAAAAAUAGAUUUAUCUAUAAAAUCAAAAGACUUAAGAACAUACUCAUGGCAGAUUUUGUGCAUGCCCGCCUUUUAUUAACAACCAAGUUUUUGUUGAUGAUUGGCUUAGAAACGCUCAGACUUCCCUACAAAUGCAUCAUAAGUUUUUGAACUUUAUUGUCAAUUCAAGAGGUUCAGCUAUACUGCAUUUGUGCAGUGUAAUCACUGCUAUUUCAACUUAGUUUCCUAAAAGGGGGAAAGGCUCAGUGGUGAUGGCCCUCAUGAAUGAACCAUGUGUCUGUGUUCUUCUCAGAAUCUGCUGUGAAAAGCAAUUUUUGUUUGCAGGGUUUUAAAUCAGUAAGAAUUGGAAUGAUUAAACUAAUAUCCACUUUCUUAAGUAGGGAAGGAAGAUUAUAGAAAAGCAUGUUAUAUAUUGCUACCAAGGUUUUUUCCCCAGAUGAUUCAGUAAUUUGAUGAUUAUUUCAUGUAUAGUGCUAUCAAGCAAUCCUGGUACUUUGGACUUCCAUGGCUUGUUAUAUAAAAUUACAUUUUUACGUGUAAAAAUAAACUUUAAAAAAUCUAAUGAAAAAUGUAAAAAUAACAUCAGACCUGUGUUCUAAAAUUUUUUGUAAUACCAUAUUACAGAAUGUGAAAGUGAACAUUAAAUGAUGGCCUUGCAUUAAAAUAGGGAAAACAGAGCAGUACAUACUCAAAUAUGUUCAAAAAGUCAAAAAAUUACCUAUAGGUCUACAAUAAAAUACCUGGAAAUAGCUUGCUAUUUUUAUAUACAUUUCCAAAUUAUUAAGAUAACUUUCUGUAAGACUAGAAUGAUUCUGUUGGACUAAAUAGCUGUCCUUUAAACCAACACAUUGCUACUUUUUUAAAUACUGUAUCAUAAGUUCAGCCUGUCAUGUUUUUUGCAUUGAUCAUUAUGAAUACCAGACCAUUUGUACGUGUGGUUGAAGAGCAAAAUACUAAUUUACAUCUCUAGUAAAUACUGUUACAGGAUUCAUGAACUUGAGUAAUUCUACAGUAUGAAAUUCUGAUGUUAUAUAUACACAUGAUAUAAUGUAUUCAGACUUUGGUUACUACUUAUUUAAAAUGGAAUGUUUUAUGGUUGUGCAUAUGGAUGUGAAGUGAAAAUAUUAGCCUUAACUUUAAAAUUUGGAUAUUUGAUAGUGUUUAUUUUGAUAUUGGUGAAUUAGUCACCAGUAAAUUUUAAAAAAGCACUUGGUUGAAAAAUGUACUUGAAUACAUACAUGCAUGCUGCUAAACUAGAACUUUAAUUUUUUUCCCAUAACUUUUAUAAGUCCCAUUUAUAAACCCACUUUUAAAAAUUACAGGUCCAAGUUAGAGUGAUGUGUGUAUAUUAUUCAAAAAAAUGUACUGGUGUGAUAUCUUGUAUGAAUGAUCAUUUAAAUACAGUACAUUACUGUAGAAGCUAAAUCAAUCUUUAUAAUUAAGCAGAAAUUACAAAACUAGGAAUAAUCAACAUUGUAAGAUAUGUUAAUAAAAACCUACCGUCAUUUGGUUGUGAAAGGUCCUUAAAA